GUCCAGCACGUGUCACGUGACCCUACGUCACUAAGAGUCUUGUUCCUGUCUAGGCUAUCACUGUGAAGCGCGGAAGGGACUGGCAUCCUUUGGUUUAAAGCGAUGUGACGUAAAAAUAACGCGACCCGCUUUAAGGAAAGAAGUACCCUUCUGCACAAGCAUCAUGGUACUGCUGCCAACCAGCCUUACAGAAGAAGAGGAGGCUUUGCAGAGGAAGUUUGCUAAACUGAAAAAGAAAAAAAAAGCCCUGCUUGCUAUAAAGAAGCAAACAUCCACUAACCAGACAAGCCAGACAGGAAUAAAGAGAUCUCUCUCAGACCAGCCUGCAAUUGACACAGCUACAGCUACAGAACAAGCAAAGAUGUUAGUGAAGACUGGAGCAAUCAGUGCUAUAAAGUCAGGGACAAAAAACAGUGGCUUCAAACGUUCUCGGACCUUGGAAUGCAAACUCAAGGACCCUGAAAAGGGACCUGCUCCAAGCUUUCAGCCUUUUCAGCGUAGCAUUUCGGUGGAUGAGGAACAGGCAGAGGCUUCCAGAAGGUCUCAGAGGAAAUCACUCUAUGAAAGUUUUGUCAGCCCCAGUGAGCGCAUGCAAGAUGCUGAGAGGGAAAGUGAGGAACAAGAGAGUGAGAAGGAUACUCGUCAAGGAGAGAGGGAACUUUUAGACAGAGAACCUUUUGAUCGAGAACGCGGAAGAGAGAGAGAUCGUGACCGGGACAGAGAAAGAGAUAGAGACCGCAGUGAGAAAGACCGGGAAAGAGAUCGCGAAAGGGACAGAGAUGGCUUUUACCGCAGAUCAGAUUCAUUCCCUGAACGUCGGGCCCCGAGGAAAGGUAAUACUGUUUAUGUCCAUGGUGUAGGCAUGAGCCAGACAGUGCUUCGUGAGGCUUUUUCAAGCUUUGGGAUCAUUAUUGAUCUUUCUAUGGAUGCUCCAAGGAACUGUGCUUUUGUUACUUAUGAGAAGAUGGAGUCCGCAGACCAGGCUAUUGCAGAGCUUAAUAACAAGUUGAUAGAAGACAUACCGGUAAAGGUCAGCAUAGCACGGAAACAGCCUAUGUUGGAGGCAGCCACAGGAAAAUCUGUUUGGGGUUCAUUGGCUGUACAGAACAGUGUGAAAGGUUCUCACAGAGAUAAGAGGUCUCAAGUCAAUUACUCUGAAGAUAUUUUUUAGUAAUGGUCAAACUGGUGCUGAUGAAAAGUGAGGGUAAAGAGCAGCGAAGAAAAGAGAAUAUUAGGGCCCGUGAAUAUCCAUGUGUAUAUGAUAUACAAAACAAGUGUAAGAAUGUGUCUAUUGACUAUUGAAUAAAGUAAGACUAUGCUUAUCUUCUAUACCCAGGAAUUUUUUGUUUUGUUUUGUUUUUUUGCACUUUUCUUGUAGCCCUUUUUAAUACCAUUACCAUUAAAAAACUAUAUGUUGUAAAACUAUCAUUUUAAAUUACUUUUUGGUUAUUUGUGAAGGGUGACUGUUUGCAUUGUUUCUUUAGAAAGCAGUCACGAUUAUACAGAAAUGUGGCCUACAUUUUUAUUGUUGUGAGAAAGGGAGACAUCAACCUUAGUGCUGUCAAUAAAAAGCAAUUUGCCCAUCA